CACUGCUGAAAAAAGUGAAGUGGUCAACCGAAAGCAGAAUCUUAACAAGAGAAAGAGGAAGAUGCCAGCGCAAUGGGCAGCCAAAGCUUUUGCAAAACGCCACGAACAAUUUUCAGCGUUUAGACUGUCAACACUAUCGAAAUGGGAUGAAAGAACAACGCUUAUUGGCGUUAAUGCCGUCAAAAAUAAGAAAAAUGAUUUUAGUGGAUUUGAAUCUGUUGUUCUGAAACAAAUUGAACAGAUAAUGAGUGAUAAACAUCGUUUGUUGCGGCGAACUCAGAUGAAACGUUGUGAUGUUGAUCGAAUGGGAGCCACAGAAGAUAGCACUUAUGACGCUGAGAUAUUCGACGAUAAUGAUUUCUAUCAGCUGCUAGUAAAGGAAUUGAUUGAAAGGAAAUCAGCUGGUAUAGUAGAUCCCGUUGAAAUGAGCAGGCAAUGGCUGGAAGUGCAGAACUUGCGGCAGAAACGUUUCAAAAAGAAGAAAAUUGAUCGGAAAGCUUCCAAAGGUCGCAAAAUACGUUACGUUGUGAUACCACAGCUAGAGGUGGAAAGCUAGGA